AUGGAGCAGUCUGCUUUAUUUGGAGAUUUGGAGCCAGAGAGUGACAAGGUGCCUCCCGGAUGCGGGAAGCACGGUCCUGAUACCCAGAGCUUCGAUGACAUCCAUAUCAUACUGCCACCAGCGCAUCUUAUGCAAAAGCACGAGCCUCGCCUGGCCGAAAUCCACAACGCGUAUCGCAAGAAGAAGACCAAGAAGAAUCGCAAUGUUCUCGGCGAUUAUCUCGAUUCAAACUGGAAGCCUAACGUCACCGUCAUUGAUUUGGAGUUUCAACGCAAGAGAGAGGACCGAGCGACGGGACAGCCUGACAUCUCCUGGUCUCCUUACCAAAUUGCCUCGGAAUUGUACUCGAGUUUCCCACCCCAAGCUGUCCAAUUGGUGCUCGGCGAGAUGAAUGAUGUCCUAGAGCGACUACGAUAUGGCUUGCUUCGACUCGACCAAAAACCCGUCAAGAAGCUGGACCCGAGCAAGUUCCCUGACACGUUUGACAAUAUUGACCUGAGCAACAUUCCGUUGGCGGUUCUCUCACAACCUUUCUCCACGGUGUCCCCCUACUCCAUGAGGAGGUUCCUUGCAGAAUAUAUACUCCUCAGCGACCGCGCGACAAUCGAGUCCCAUCUCCGCACCUCUCUCAUCCAGAGCUCCAAAGCGAUAGAGAAGGAAUAUCAUGGGAUGCGAGUUGGCCCCGGCGGCAUCGUCAUGGUAUCAGGAUUCGAAUGGCAUCGCACCAGCCUUCCUACAUCAAUUUUGCCGGCCAAUGCCCGCAUGACACGGCCUGAACUCGAACACUGGCUCCAUUCCCACUUCCUCAAGCUGUGUUUGCCAUACCCCCGCGUGCGAUUUGACCCCGUGGGUGUCCUCGCUCCUCUCAACCUCACGGCGUUCCUCCACCUGAUUUCCCACGUCGCGUCACUCGGAUACCCUCUGCACUGGCUCUCUGCGACACUGGCAGCGAUAUGCAGUGGUCUGCUGGCCCGGACGCGCGCCGGACCUCCCGCAGCUGAGAUCACGGACGAGAAGUUGGCAGGGGAGACCUACGCGCCCGCUGACGUGUCUGUCGCUCCGUUCGCGGCUUAG